AUGGUGUUUGACUUAGUGAAUUCUGUGAACCAAAAAAGAGAAAUUGUCUUGGCAUGUGUAUCCGAUUUAGUUUAUUCUUGCCGCCGGAGAAAGAAAACCAAGACCGUAAAAGAGGUGAUAGAGAUUGACCCCCAAGUCCAUUUUGCGAAUCAGGAAGGAGAAAUUGACUCGAGACAUGGAGGUGCAGUAGGAAGUGUUGAUUCAAUUUUUCAAUUAAAUUCAAAGAGUAUUCCUCGGCGACCGCGGACAAAAUGCAAGCGAAAAUUCAAAGGCGGUGAAGCUCUCUCAAGAUCCAAGGAAAAGCUAAACAGUCAAGUCUUUGACAAUUACUUAGCGAAAAUAUGGAAGAGUUUCUCAAAAGAUAGGAAAAUGUCAUUUGCGUACUUGGACAGUUUAUGGUUUAGCCUUUACAGGAAUGCUUCAACUAAAGAUAAGGUGCUGAGUUGGAUUAAUAAAGAACGUAUUUUCACAAAGGCGUAUGUUUUUGUGCCUAUAGUCUGCUGGGGUCAUUGGAACCUCCUUAUCUUCUGCCAUUUUGGUGAGAACUUGCAAUCUGUUACCGAAUCACGUUGUAUGCUGUUACUGGAUUCUCUUGAAAUGGCCAAUCCAAGGCGGCUUGAACCAGAGAUAAGAAGAUUUGUACAAGACAUUUAUAAAACGGGGGACAGGCCAGAGACUAAGCAUCUGAUAUCUCAAAUCCCAUUAUUAGUGCCCAAGGUGCCACAACAAAAAGAUGGUACUGAAUGCGGGAACUUUGUCCUUUAUUUCAUUAAAUUGUUUUUGGAACUCGCUCCUGAUAAAUUUAGCAUGGAGGGGUAUCCUUACUUUAUGAAAAAAGAUUGGUUUACAUUUGAAGAAUUGGAUCGAUUUUGUGAGAACUUGACCCGUUGA